AUGCACCUUACUGUCUCUUCUGGAUGGUACCCUUCUAGGCAUAUUGGGCAAGCAGUACUCUCAGACCCUGAAAUGCUUUGGCCUUCAUUCAGUACUACUAAUUCUGUACAAGACUUAAUUUUGGAGUCAUUGAGGCCUACUGGUACAGUACUGGUGGUUUGUGGCGGCACUAUGCCGGGAAACAUGUUGGCUUGUGGUGGCGCUCCAGUUUCAAAAAGUUCAUAUUUCUUUCUUACCAAGUUGCACAACUGCAUGCAAGUUGCUAGGCAGCAAAAUGUGGAGAUUAUAACAAUCCCUGGCAUACUGAUGGCUAGUGUAAGAAUUUUCGAUAGCUUACUCUGCGAUUCAUCUGUUCAUGUAGAUUCAAUGAAUUUAAAAUUUACAGGUACUACUACUCGAUAA